UGGUCCUUUGGUGUUCUGAUGUGGGAGAUGCUGACCAGAGGAGCAAGUCCCUACCCUGAGGUGGACCCAUAUGAUGUAACACAUUACUUAAUGAAGGGCAGGAGGCUCCCCCAGCCACAGUACUGUCCUGACCCACUGUAUCGCAUCAUGCUACAGUGCUGGGACCCUGAUCCAGAGCUCAGGCCCACCUUUGCCACGCUGGUGACAGAGGUCUCCACCAUCCUGUCGAGCCUGGAGGGAGAGCAUUACAUCAGUCUGAAUGUCACCUACGUUAACCUGGACCAACCGCGGCCCUACCCCGCUCUAACCGAGUCCGCUGAUGAGUACGACUCCACAGAUGUUGAAGAGUCAGGCUCAGACUCCUCCUGACACGACAGCCCGUGAACAGGAACAUGAUAAUAAGAUGCUGCUGACUGGAAGACCAGUCUAGUUUACCUAAAACAUUUUUUAAUGAUCAAUUAUUUAGUAAAAAGAACAUACAUUUUCACUUGAAAUAGUACUUUAAAAACAGUAUUACCCAUGGAGCUACAGUAUCUUCUAGUGAGCAUUUUAUAUUAACUAUGACAGAACCGUUGACAACAGAAGGUCCAUGUUCAGUUUUUUAAAAUUGAUAAAUCACAAACAAAUGAUAAUUUCACCUGUUAACAACCACCGGAAUGCCCAUGUUCCAUUUGACACAUUUGUUCUUUUUAUGGUAUUUUAGGUCUGAAUGUUUUAAAGGAUAUUUUACACUGGAAAUGCUCAGUUUUGAAAUAAUUUUGUAAUCUAAAAGACAUUAACAACUUGUUUGAUGUCCUGCUGACAACUGUUCCGAGAUGAUGAUUCCGAGAAAAUGCGAUCCACCUGACCCCUGACUCUAAUUUAUAGAAUAGAUUGAUUUAGGGGUUUAAAUCAAGAACUGGUCUGCUUUCUUUGUAGCUUUUUUUCUAUUGUUUGUUAUAUCAUAACAAUGGUGUCAGCACGUCAUAGAUUUAGUUUCAGUUUAGUGCUUUUAUCUAUAGACUCUGUUACAAAGAACUCAUCUUUGUUGGUUCAGUUCAAGUCAAGUUAGCUAAAGGAAAGAAGUUCUUGUUAAAUUAGUUUUUUUAAAGCAGAUGAUUUGACAUACCUUUCUGCAGUCAGUAUCUUACCUGACUGCAGAUAACACAACUCUACAGUGGAAAGUAACUCUGUGGCAUGAGAUGAGUAUAUAAUACAAACAACA